AUGGCUCCAAAACGCAUUGCAAAAAGGCCGGCAGCGACAGGCCCGCUCGAGAAGUUCCGGACGCUGUGGACCCAACGUUUCCAGCUCCCCGGAUGGGGUGACCACGACUACGCCCUCAGUUGGGAAGACGGCUUCUCCCAGCUGGAAGCUUGGCUUCAGGAGCACCGCGACACCUACCCCGCCAUGCCUCCUGCAUCUCGCUACGCACCCGCGGAGCGUCGUUUGUGGAAGUGGCUGAAACGGGAACGCGACGCAUUCCACAGGGCCCCCGCGACCUACCCCCCAGAGAAGCGUCUGAAACUCCAGUCCCUUCCUGGUUGGGAGUGGACCCCCGCUGACAUGCCGACGUGUCCAUACCUCCUCGACCCUGGCGUUGGCAAACGGUGCCACGCCCCAGCUACCACUACGCUCCUAGGCGUCCCGUACUGCGACGCCCACGCGAGACAAUUCCGCGGUGAGCGGAUGGCAGUGCUCGACCUGUGCAGGCACUCCGACGACAACGUGCUGCCCCACCGCGGCAGUGCCAUGACGCACCAGUGCCAGCACUGCGGCGCCUACAACUUCUCCGAGGAGCUAAUCAAGAACAAGCACUUCAGCAUCUGCUGCCAGAACGGCAAGCUCACCACUAAGCAGAUCAGCCUCAAGCUGUACAACAACGCCUUCUCGUUUGUGUCUUACGGCUCCGAAUGCUUCGACACGCUGGCAUCGGGGAGAGGCCCGCCUGUGAUGAUUUGCCAUGGGACUGUCUACCACAACGCUGGUUUCUUGUUCCCCCAAGAAGGGGCGACGCCGAAGUGCGCGCAGCUUUACCUGUACGACCACAACGUCGCCACGCAGCACAGGCAAGGCAACGCGUACUACGAGAACCUCGACGCGGACUGGCUCCGCCGAUUCGCCGCCAUGAUGACGCGGGUGUGCCCCUAUGUGCAGACGUACCGCCAGAUGCAGACAAUCGCCCAGCAGCACCACGCCCCCACCGUGCAGCUCGCACUCGCAGCCAGUAAAGAGAACGACAUGAGGAGGUACAACAAGCCGCAGACGCUGGAACCCGCAGUGAUAUUUGCAUCUGGCGACGGCGCCCACAGGCACUCCAAGGACAUUGUCGUCUGGCCGCGGGAGGAGGGGUACGAAGCUCACAGGAUCCACGAGGACAGCGAACACGUCGACCCGCUUGCUUACCCGCUGCUGUUUCCCUACGGAGACCCCGGCCCUCGCUGGUACCUGUACCUCCUGCUGCUGCACACACCUGGGGCGCGUUGCUGGGAAGACCUCGUCACCGCGACCGCUGAGAACGGAGACCGGCGAUUCUUCGAAACGCUUGCGUGGUGCCCCGGCACUUUGGCUUGGAAACCCACAGGCAUUCCCGAUUACAAGGCCGCGUGCCAGGCAAGAGGCCUCACGACCAGUGACGACGAGUACAAAUUCGCUCUGGCAGACGCAGCUCACACGAAGCAUGCGCGGGCGCUUCGAACACUCUUCGCCAUGGCCCUUCUGCACGCGGACGUCUCCAACCCACUCGCACUCUUCGAGGAGUUCGCCGACGACCUCGCCGACGAUUUCGCCAGGGACCACUCUACAGAAGAAGCCCAGAACAUGUGCUUGCAGGCGCUCCAGGACACUUUGUGCCAGGCUGGCAAGUUGUUGUCCGAGUUCGGCUUGCCCGCGCCGAAAGCCACGGAUGCUUCCGGACCCCAGAACCGCGACCUCCAACGAGAGCUCGACUACGUGCCGCGCGACGAAGCCGAAGCAGCCGCUGCGAAGCGAGCGUUGCUGAACGAAGCUCAGCUCGGCGCGUACGAGGCUAUCCUGGCAGCUGUCGCAGCUGAGACCCCGUUCGUCGCCUUCAUAGACGGGCGCGUGGAGAUCUUCCACUUAGUGGAGAACAUGCGCGCAGCCCUCGACAAGGGAUGGCAACGCUACCUGCUCGACGUCGGGGACGGGUCCACCCCAUUUGCGACGGAGAUAGGACCUCAGGCUAUCCGCCUUCGGGAGGACAUUGUGGCGCCAACGGGAUGGGGCCCUGCCGAUUUGGCCGGGCACGUGUUCCCAGAUCUACCAACACAGGCACAGGCCAUCGUGGCGGCCCCGGACGCUGCCGAGCCCUUGUGCUACUUCAGAGACCGCGCAAUCCUCGCCCCAACGAACGCCGUGGCUGAUGCAGUGAACGCCACGCUGCUGGAGGCGCUGCCUGCAAGCACGCAAGUGACGUACUACAGCAUCGAUGACAUAGACGCGGGCACACCCGAAGAGCGCAAUCUUUGGCCCGUGGGCUACCGGAGCGAGGUGGCCGACGCCGACGCAGGCACCUACACCAACAACGUCGUUUGGACAGAAGUUUUAUUGGAGCACGCACAAGCGCACGCCCGUGACCAAACGGACCUGCAGAUGCGCGGCAGAACGCCCCCCUUCAAGCACGACAACACUGCACGUAGCUUCGAUCCUGAACAACCUCGGCCUGAUUUCGGAGACUUCAUCGACGAAGCAAGCGGGGCGCCCCCCACUCCUCACCAGAGCCCCCGCCAGACGAACACCGACGACGUGGCCACGGAAGCGGACGAGUUCGGCGUAGUGCUAUCCACUGCACCGUCUGGCAACGCACACUUCAGCUCUGCGAUGCAUCCGCCAGAUACCGUCGCCGCGCCGAGCGCGCCGGCGCGCGGGACCGCCCUGCCCUUCGAGGACGUGCCUGGCGAGAUUGAAGGCGUCGCCAAUGCCGGCGACUCGGCUGCAGACGACGCCCCGCAACGAUUCCAAGGCCAUUUUGAACGGCAACGCGGCGCUCGCUGCGGCUUGCACGCCAUUAACAAUGCAGUCGGUUACCAGCUGCUGAACGAAGGCCUCCUGCGGCAAGCGUGCGCCCUGUACCUUGAGCAGAGCGCCCGAGAAGGAAACAUAGAGCACAGUGACGCCCACAUUGACGGAGACGGAAACUACUCCGAGGCGCUGCUCUCCUUCGCCCUCCAGUGGCACCACAACCUCUACGAACUCAACUUGAACAACCCUUUCCUCGAGGCCGAGGAGUCCAUGCUGAGGAUAUACGCACCGGAUGUUGUAGGCGCCCUCAUCAACGAGAACAACGUCCACUGGUCGGCCAUCCGCACGCAGGAGGGAAGGUUGUGGAGACUGGAUAGUUCGCAGCCGAAACCCAUCCCCAUCAAUUGGUCCCAGUUCCGAAACCUCAUCACGACUUUCCGCAAGGCGCAGGGCAAAGGGCAGCACAACGGCUCCCACAUGCUGCAGGCUGUCCACCACGAGCAUGCCGUGAGGUUCCUCUCGGGAAAGCCGAGUAGCAUUCGUGCUCCGGUGGUGAGCAGACGCCGCUGCCUGAAGGACCUGCUCAGCUGGGAACCAGACGACAAGGAGAGGGUCAAGUCGGGAUGCAAGGAAGCUGGGAGGGAGAAGAGGGUGGAGAACGUGAUCACGAACAGCGAGAUGCGGGCGGCGAAGAUGGUGCCAUCUCUACUACAAUGUAUCUAA